CGCUCACCAUCACUGACCCCCUCCUUUCCUCCCUCCUACUCUUUCUCCCUAAUUGGCUUCCAUUGCCAUUUCCUUCCAAGACGGGGAGUUUCACUUUCCCCCAGACUCCCCGAACAAGUGAGAAAAGUGAAGUUUACACUUAUUUUCUGCCCAGGACGGACUUGAGCUGUCGCUCCAGUGAAACUCUGAACUGGCACUGAGUCUACAGUGUAGGAAACGACUGCAGCUCUGAAGUGAUGUCACCCUCCAAGAAAUGGUCACUUUGUCUGCUUGUCAUGCUGCUGGCAAGUGUUUCCUACGAGCUUGAUGACAAUAAGAUCCCCAGUCUGUGUUCUGGUAGUCCAGGUAUCCCAGGAUCCCCUGGGAUGCAUGGCACCCCUGGGGUGCCAGGGAGGGAUGGCAGAGAUGGGCGUGACGCACAACCUGGGGAGCCAGGGGACAAAGGGGACAGGGGAGAACCAGGCCAGUCUGGUACCAGGGGGCUCACUGGUGACCAUGGGGACCCGGGGCCAAAAGGGGAGAAGGGAGUGGACGGAGAGUGCGCUGUGGCACCCAAGUCCGCCUUCAGUGCCAAGAUGUCGGACGCCAAGGCAAUACCCGUCGCUGGAGGUGAAGCGAUACGAUUCGACCGGAUCAUCCUGAAUGAGCAGGGAGACUACAACGCAGAGACCGGCGUGUUUACCUGCAGGGUGCCGGGAGCGUACUACUUCACUGUCCACGCCACCGUCUACCGCGCAAGCCUGCAGUUCGACCUGAUGAAGAACGGCUUCACGCUGGCCUCCUACUUCCAGUUCUUUGGGAACUGGUCAAAGCCGGCAUCGCUGUCUGGGGGAACGCUGGCGCAUCUGAUUCCUGGCGAUAAAGUCUGGGUCCAAAUGGCCCUGGGAGAAUACAAUGGCUUCUACUCCAGUCCCAAAACAGAUAGCACCUUCACAGGAUUCCUAGUGUACUCAGACUGGAAAAACUCUGCUGUGUUUGCAUAGCAUCUUUAGUAAGCAUUAAGCAUUUUGUGUCCAUUUGUGUUAUAUACUGCAGCACUGGUGAUGACUUUGUUUGACUGCUUGGUAUGAAGAGUAAUUAAACAUCCCAGAACUUGAAAGGCACAAAUGGUGAGACAGCAGAAAGGAAAGUACAUAUAGGUCAGAAUAUUCAUUAUCUUGAGAUAACACUUGAGUGAAUUCAACACUCAACAGCUCUUUAAGUAUAAUCCAUGAAAUUCUUUGAUUGUCUAAUCGUCUUUCUACUGUACAACACUCUGUUUACAUCAAGGCCAAAUCAUACAGUUCCGUGCUGGGCCAGUACCAUGUUUGAACAAUUGUAUUCAUACACUUCCUGUUAUGUUAAUGCAGAAAGACAUGUUGAGAGGAUCACUGGUGGUCAGUUAGAUUAGCAGACUGAAGAUGGCCCUGUUCAACCCCACUCUGCAGUUAUUAUGUUAGAAGAGACACUGAAAUAUAGCUCUGUUUGGUUGCAUUUUUUAAAUCAAUCCAAUAAUGCAUUCAAGGGUGGACAUAAUUGUCAGCUAUGAAACUUUAACAAUGCCAGUUAUUUAAAAUACUUGGCAAAGGCACAGAGUAGCAAAUGUAUUUCGAAAGAAACUUCUCAUGCAAACUGAACAAUUGUCUUGUACUGCCAGACUAUUGCCUGCAUUCAUUCUUCCAUUCACUUCAAAUAUCUCCAGGCGAUUUACAAUCCUACUGUUAUCAGUGCUAUUUUACUGUUAUUUCAUUAACUGUCGCCAUUAGUAUUAAUCACAUCAUUGCCUUUAAUAAACUCAUGAUAUUUUAA